AUGCGACUCCCAGUGUCGGCGCGAGAUGUCCUGCCGCUGCCGCGGGACUACUUUGAGUGCCCCGAGCUAGGGAAUGACGAAGAGGAGCGGUUGAUCCAAGUUGCGCGCACGAGUUGCCAGCGACUGAUUGAAACCACGUACAGUCCCAACUCGGAGUGGUCCACCGUGAGCGUCAAGAACGGGGUGCGGAUCAGCAAGAACGUUCAACCGCCACUUCGAGAGUACAUGUCAAGCAUCUCCGACAACCAGUACUCUGUAUCCUCCGGGUACAAGCACGGCGGCCCUUUCUCGUCGUCCGAGGCGGGGUGUUCGUCGGCCAAGCUCAUUCGCGGGACGACGACCGUGAGCGCGACGAUCGAAGAGAUCGCGCUCCAGUUCAAGGUAGACCGCGGCCAGAAUCUCAUGAAGUCGCGCAAAGACAUCCUCGACAGCAUGGUCCUGUACAACUUGGUGCGUCCCAGCGGCGCGCGGCCUCGAGACUACGUCGGCAUCUUCUGGGAAUGCGUCAAGUCACCUGUCCCGUUUUCCCAUCACCGCGACUUCCUCUACCUCGAAUGCCACGAAGAGUUCCGCACCCCCGACGGCCGCCGCGGCUGGGGCUACUCGAUGCACUCGAUCAAACUCGCCUGUUGUCCGCCGCUGGACGCGCUCAAGUUGACCCGGGCCAGCGUGUACAAUUCCGGGUUUGUGUUCAUGGAGACUUUGAAAGCGGGCGAGAUCGAAUGCCAUUACUUCCUCAACCUGGACGCCAAGGGGCCAUCGCCAGCCGUGUCGGACUUUAUGGCGCGGCGAAAGCUCUCGGCGCUAUCGCAUCUCAACAAGGUACUCCAGGAACAGCGACUCGAGUGUGAACCCCUGCUUGGCGACUUGGACUUGCCCCAUCUACACCACCCCAAGAACGAAUGUGCGCUGUGCUACAAGCGGUUCCAGUUCUUCCAUCGUAAACACACGUGUCGGAAAUGUGGCGAGAUAUUCGACAGAACGUGA